AUGGCGCCUCUAGACUCGUCCAAGGCGAACAAGAAGAGGAAGUACGGAAAGGCGGCAGGCGGCCAGCCGCAGAAGCGUCGCAAGGGCAACUUUGCCAAGGCCAAGCAGCCAGCUGCACCUCUGCCGCGACGUGUCGUGGCCCCAGGCGAAAUACAAUGGAAGGCCGUGGCGGUUCCGGAGAUGUUCGCCGAUGCAGAGGGCUUCUUUGGGCUGGAGGAGGUUGAGGGGGUGGAUGUCGUGCGAUCCGGCAACACAUUUCAGUUUGUAACAGCUGGUCCUCCGCCCGCUGCCGACGAUGAUGAGUUUGAGGGGUUCGGUGACGACAGCUCCGUCAAGCCUACCGGCGAGUCGAAUGCGACCCAGACAGACGAGACAGACGAGACUGCCAAGGAUGCCAAGCUGGCCAAGAAGACGAAGCCAAAGACGACCGACAAAGCCAAUGGGAAGAAGAAGGGCAAGGCCGCGGCUGUCACUGCUGAUCCAGAGCUGGUUGGGGGUGGAUUUGCGAUGCUGGCCGACAUGGACGACGAUGCAGAGGACGCGACGACGGACGUGUCGGCCUGGGUGCCGCUGGACAUUGUGCCCCCAUUGCUGUCAUGUCUUGCACGGCUCAAGUUCUCGAAGCCGUCGGCGAUUCAGGCGGCAACAAUUCCGGAGAUCCUGGCUGGCCACGAUGUCAUUGGCAAGGCCUCGACUGGAUCCGGCAAGACGCUGGCGUUUGCCAUCCCCAUCGUGCAGCGCUGGCUGGCCGAAGGCGGUGCAGAGCGGCGGCAGAAGAAGACGGAGGCAGACGGCGACAAGGACGCAGACGGAGACACGCCCAAGAAGCGCCCUGUAUGCCGUCCGACAGCGCUGGUGCUCUCGCCGACAGGCGAGCUGGCCCACCAGAUCACCACCCAUAUCAAAGAGCUGUGCGCGGCCCUGCCGUCGUACCCGUACGUGUGUGCUGUCACCGGCGGCCUGUCAGUGUUUAAGCAGCAGCGACAACUGGAAAAGGCCGACAUUGUCGUCGGCACGCCAGGUCGGCUGUGGGAGGUACUGAGCACGAGCAAGCCGCUGCUGGAGGCGUUCCGGUCCAUUGACUUUCUCGUCGUCGACGAGGCCGACCGGUUGCUGUCCGACGGCCAUUUCAAGGAGGCCGAAGAGAUUCUCGAGGCACUCGACAGAACGGAGGUCGACGAGGGCGAGGGAAAGGGCGAGGACGAGGCCGAGGAUGAGAACGAGGCCGAACUAGAGACUCCCCCACCAAAACCCAGACAGACACUUGUCUUCUCAGCCACCUUCAACCGGGGGCUGCAGCAAAAGCUGGCCGGCAAGAGCCGGUACGACCUGAUGGACCAGAAGCAGUCGAUGGACCACCUGAUGAAGCGGCUCAACUUUCGCGAGGAAAGCCCGCAAUUCAUCGACGUCAACCCAGUCUCGCAGAUGGCCGAACGGCUGCGGGAGGGCAUGGUCGAGUGCGGUGCCAUGGAAAAGGACCUGUAUCUGUACUCGCUGCUGCUGCUGCAGCCGACACGCCGGACGCUCGUGUUUGCCAACUCUAUCAGCACCGUUCGCCGCCUGGCGCCGCUGCUGCAGAACCUAAACCUGCCGGCCAUUGCGCUACAUUCGCAAAUGCCCCAGAAGGCUCGGCUGCGGGCUGUCGAGCGCUUCAAGGCUGCCCAGGGUAGCCGCGGUGCCGUGCUGAUUGCCACCGACGUGGCCGCUCGCGGUCUUGAUAUUCCCGGCAUCGACGUCGUCAUCCACUACCACGUGCCACGCUCAGCCGACAACUAUGUUCAUCGGUCCGGCCGCACGGCGCGUGCUGCCAGUGCUGGUCUGAGUAUUCUGCUGUGUGGGCCGGAAGAGGUGGUGCCGACACGGCGUUUGGUAGCCAAGAUCCACGCGGCGGUAUCGUUGCGGGAGGAGGGAGAGGGAGGGGAAGAAGAGAUCAAGGAGGAAGAGGAAGAAGAAGAGAAAGAAGAGGAAGAAGGGGUGAAGAAGGGAAAGGGAAAGAACAAGAAAAACAAGGGAAAGAAGGACAAGAAGGACGAAAAAGACAAGAAGGAUGCAAAAGACAAGGAUGGCAGAGGCAAAAAGGACGGCACAGACAUGACAGCCUCCAAAUCCCGGCCAAACCACAACAGCAAGAAUUUGAGCUUCUACAUCCGAACCAUCGAUCUGGACCGGCGGCUGGUCUCACGUCUGAAGGAGCGGCUGGUGCUGGCCAAGAAGCUAGCCGACGCCGCGCUAGCCAGGGAAAAGGGCAGCAAGGAUGACAGCUGGAUGCGCGAAGCGGCCGAAGAGCUCGGCGUAGAAUACGACUCGCAGGACGACGAUCUCGAGCGCGCCAGCUCGUGGAGCGGCCGUGGCAGUGGUCGCCGCACCCGCGAGAAGGAGUCACGCGACCUCUCCAAGGCCGAUCUGGGCGCCCUGCGCGCCGAGCUGCGCGACCUGCUCGCCCGCCGCGUCAAUGUCGGCGUCAGCGAGCGCUACCUCACCUCAGGCGGCAUCAACGUCGACGAGAUGCUGCGCUCGUCCCAGGGCGACUUUCUCGGUCGCACCGACAGCCUUGGCAUGGAGGCGUAG